CAAGUGAACGUUUGUCUCUUUGUUGAAAAUAUUUUCUUUCUGACUUUUCUUUUAUUUUCUUUUUAAUUCACUUUCAACGAAGAUACGAUUCUGGGAAUGAAAAAAUGACGAUCGUUCCACACGCUGUCCGCGACAGACUCGAACGACUGAUCAACACGGAGAUCGUCGAACCCUCGUCGGCGUACGCGCGACGUCCUGUAAUUCUUGUAAAUCACUUGCAAAAUGCUUUUGUUGUGUUUUGUUAUAGAUGCAUCGAAAAUGAAACGUAGGAGACUCGCGAUUAUCACCCCAUUCGAUCGGAAUUGAAUCACUUGUAAAAUAAUAACAAACAUCGUCUGAGUCAUUCGCGAUCUCCUGUCUGGUAGGCGUGCGUUAUUUUUGCAUUCGUUAAGUCACCUGUCGAUUAAUUGGCAUUCCGAACGAGAGCGAGACGCUAACACGUCAUGAGAAAAUUUGUGAUUCUUCUAACCGGGUGUCUUCGAAUCUUUAUCUUCUUGAAACGUAAUAUGCAGAAAUUAUUUAGGCGGUGAUAAAAAACCGAGAAUACCGACAGUAGAACGAUCUCUGAGCUAAAGAAAAGAAAAUAAAAGAAAAUAAUCGAAGCGCGGAUUUCCUUCGCUUCGAAACAUGACAAAUUCAGGGAUCGCAAUUAUUCGUCAUACCGAGUUCGGAAUAUCGGCCCACGCUCCGCUGUAGGCUCUAUUCAGCGUUUGACUCGAUCGCGUAUGUACGAACACGUGAGAAUCGAGUCGAAACGAAUACAGAUGAGUUGAAAAAUAUGGGAGUGUGCGUUACUAUAAAUACGUAAGUUGAAUCAGCUCGACGUUUCGACGUAACACAUCGCGCAUUUCCGAUUAUGCAAAAUAUUGAAAUGGAAAAAUUUAUUUCGUAUGGAUGCGGAGAAUGUGAGUCAACGCCAGUUGCGUACUCCAGGUUAUAACGUGAAAAUAUUAAUUCUCAUAUUUUUCCAAGAGCUGCCGGAUCAGCGAUCGCAGUAGCCACGGCACGUAUUGGGUUAUCCCUUUUUGCUCCGAACGUGAGAAUCAGUUCGUGCUUUAAAGUGACUGUAUCACAUGAGAAAUUUGAACUUGUUUACAUGGUAUAUGAGCGCAGAACCGCUGAACUACACUGUGCGACUCUCGUGUUUUGAACAGAAAAAAAAAUGAAAAAAAAAAUGAAAAAAAAAAAAAUGAAAUACAAAAAAAAAAUACGUACGAACUCGUGUUCCCGGUUAGUCAUUCAUUCCACUCUUUUAAAACCGAAUUCCACCAAAGUCACGAUGCGAUACUUCGGACCAGAGUCAAUAAUAUCGUAACUCCAGAUUUAUGGGGACAAAAGUUCGUGCCGCCAUUUAUUUUACGUCGCGAACAUAUCCGUAAACGAAUCACCGUCGAAGCCGGACUACGAGACAAUCCGAACGCCUGAAGUUGGCGGUAAGAGUCGAUCGUCGAUUGUCUUGCGAAUUUUUGUUCUGUCACCGAGUUGAACGUACGAGUUGGUACGAAAGUGAACAGAAAUAGCUUCGAGUCAGGAUGGCGAAAAAGGCUGGGCCGGUAGCCCUGCAAACCGAGGUGGCGAUCGACGCAGAAUGGACGCUGAUUUUGGCGAGGAAGGGUCUAGUUUUGGUCGACGUUUAUUCCGACUGGAGUGGCCCGUGCACGGCGAUGAUCAGUAGCCUGAAAAAAAUAAAAAUGGAACUCGGCGGCGACAUUUUGAGCUACGCGGUCGCGAGAAAUGACGAAAUAACGGACCUCCAACGAUUUCGGGGGAAAAGCGAGCCCGUUUGGAUGUUCCUGCAGAACGGCACCAUGGUCAAUAUGAUGUUCGGCGCGCACUGUCCAGAUCUCAGCAGACUUUUGAUCGACGAAAUACGGAGGCUGCAACGCGACGAGCCCCCCAAAUGGAGUCUGCCGGCGUCCGAACGAGGCCCCGAAGAGCAGAAGCGAUGGGAGAUUUCCGAGGAACGAAGGUCGCCAUUUUUAUCAGUAGUGCGCGCACUAUUUGUUUCGUCGAUGUUCACUGAACCACGUUACCGCGAAUUCAAGGCUCGCCAAAGAAAAAGUGAUCGCUGACAAAGAAAACGCCGAAAAACGGGCCAGAUACGAGGCGAUGCUCGGCCAGAUGAUGUGCGAACUCAGCGAGGAAAACGCGCUCCUCCUCUACCCGUGGGUCUUCGUCGACGAGGAAGGCAACCCCAGAGACAAGAAAAACUCCCCGCCUUAC